CCCAAGGUCUCCUUUCUCUAGUGAUGGUGAAGUCGGGGAAAGGUUACCUUAACCCUCCUCCAGGAUGAACCACCUGCCAGAAGACGUGGAGAAUGCUCUCACUGGAAGCCAGAGCUCUCAUGCUUCUCUGCGCGGUGUCCAUUCCAUCAACCCCACACAGCUCAUGGCCAGGAUUGAGUCCUAUGAAGGAAGGGAAAAAAAAGGCAUUUCCGAUGUCAGGAGGACUUUCUGUUUGUUUGUCACUUUUGACCUCUUAUUUGUAACAUUACUGUGGAUAAUAGAGUUAAAUGUGAAUGGAGGCAUUGAGAACACAUUAGAGAAGGAGGUAGUGGAGUAUGACUACUACUCUUCUUAUUUUGACAUAUUUCUUUUGGCAGUUUUUCGAUUUAAAGUGUUAAUACUUGCAUAUGCUGUGUGCAAACUACGCCAUUGGUGGGCAAUCGCGUUGACGACUGCAGUGACCAGUGCCUUUUUAUUAGCAAAAGUGAUCCUCUCAAAGCUUUUCUCUCAAGGGGCUUUUGGCUAUGUGCUGCCCAUCAUUUCAUUCAUCCUUGCAUGGAUUGAGACCUGGUUCCUGGAUUUCAAAGUGUUACCUCAAGAAGCAGAAGAAGAAAGCAGACUCCUACUAGUUCAGGAUGCUUCAGAGAGGGCAGCACUUAUACCUGGUGGUCUUUCUGAUGGUCAGUUUUAUUCUCCUCCUGAAUCUGAAGCAGGAUCCGAGGAAGAAGCUGAAGAAAAACAGGACAGUGAGAAACCACUCCUAGAACUAUGAGUACUGCUUUUGUUAAA